CGAUUGUUCUUGAUGUACAUUUUAUUAUAACACGUAGAACCGGGUACUUAUCUCCAUAGAUUGUUUCGACGUAUAAAGGUGCAAUUGGACGCAUAAACUGGAAAAAAGCUAUAAUUUCUUCUAAAUUUGAGAUCCUGUCGUUGAUACUUCUAUAUUAAAUGCAGAGUCUUUAGCCUUUUUGAAUAAAAUUGGCACUAAAUAUAAUAUUACGUCUGGAGCUUUUCUACAACUUUUGAGUUUGGAUCAAAAAGAGCAAACGUCAACCGCUGAAAUUAAAGAAAUUGAUAAGGCUAAAUCGGCGUUAUCAGGUCGUCAUGCAAAAGCUGACAGAGCUGUUCUUAAAAGGUUUUUAGUUUUAUGUAAUUCGAAUAAAAAUUAAAAAAUUAUAUUUUCACAGACGACGGGCAAUGAUCAUCGGAAAUUUGGGUUCUACAGUGCAAUCCAAUGAAGAAGCAACAACCACACUUUUGAGUUUUCUUUCAUCUGCUAAUAAAAAUUCAUUAAAAGAGGAAACGUCUUCAAGUGAUUCUGGAGAGGAUUUUGAAAGAACAGAGUUUAUUACUUGUUUUGGUGAAGACGAUGAGAAAAAUGCUGGUAAAAAGAAUAUGAUGUGCGGUCCAGAUGAGAAUGAUGGUGAAAAAGGUGUUGUGCAUGGUCCUGUUUUACCAACAAAGGAAUACAGGCGACUUUUGGAACUAUCAAGACGAAAAUCUAUCAGCCCUGACUCUCAAUGGAAUCGUCAUCAAAGUGAUUCUAAACGUGGGAGAAGAUACUCACGAUCUUCGAGUCCACAUUCUCCCCGUAAAAAGCGAAGAUCUCAUUCUCGCUCUUCAUCUACUUCCUCUCGAUAUCUAAGGAGAUCAAAUUCUGGAAGAUAUGCCUCUUCAUCUUAUAGAGAACACCGUGAUUCAAACCGAACGAGAACAAGUUACCGGAAGAGGCGUUCAUCAUCUCGUCGACGCAAGAGUUGUUCAACUUCCAGUUCGCCUUCUUCUAGAAGAACUAAUCCAAAUAAGAAUUCUUCGAGUCAUAGACGCAUUAACGGAAACGAAUCUUUCAAGCAAUCUUCACAUUUGGCUAAUGCAAAUGAUAGUUCUUCAUCGUUGAGUACUUCUGAUAACGAUUCGCCUUUAAGAAUUCGUUCAUCAAUGAGUGAAUCAGAAAAAGAGAAAAUUGAACGUGAAAACCGUAAGAGACGAAUUAGGCGAACAAAGCGUAUUGUGAAAGAACAACAAGCAACGCGAGAAUUAAACAAUCGUCAAGAUGAUGUCGAAACGAGAGCAGAAAAAGCGGCCAAAAAAUUGCGAAUUCAAAUGCGGAAAGCUUUGACUAAAACUGCCGCUCAAUUUAAAGAAGAGGGAGAGCAACGGCAAAGGGAAAUAUUGCGAGAAAAAAGACAACGCGAUGAUCAAUUGCUUGAAGAAUCUCGUUUACUUCGACAGAGGGAACGUGAAAAACGACGUGCAUUGGAUGAUGAACGUGAGCAUCAUAGGAGUAAGGAGCAGAGUAGUCAUCAAUCGAGUAGCACAACUAGCAACAGCAGAAGGCGUCGACGUUCAUCCUCGAGUUCUGGAAAAUGA